UUUUUGCUUUUGCAAUUCCUCUCUUUCCAUUAUAAUUGCUCAUUCACUCAUUCACCCAUUCACUCAUUCAGUUUUAAAUUCAUAUAAAAAUAAAUGGGACAAAGUUUCAACCUCCAGGGAAUCUUGCAAGCAUUCCGUGUCUUGGCAUCACCUCGACUCAUGGUACCUCACUUAAUUGUCCGAGAUGUCCGUGAUAUCAAUUUUGAACAACUUCAUAGGUCUGGCAUUAUUGCCAUCGCAUUCGAUAAAGACAAUUGCUUGACGCGACCUUAUGGCCAUGAUCUACAUCCACCAUUCAAGGAUGCAUGGAAAAGAUGUAGAGAUGUUUAUAAAGAUCAAGUCAUUAUCGUCUCUAAUUCUGCAGGAACCAAGGAUGAUCAGGACCAUCAACUCGCUAAAGCUAUCGAAACAUCUCUUUCAGUCCCUGUCCUGCGUCAUGAACAGAAAAAACCCUCAGGCGGUGAUGAACUUUUGCGGCAUUUCAGUGGCAUCAAACCCUCUCGGGUCGCUAUCGUCGGUGACAGAGCCCUAACCGACGUUGUCUUUGGUAAUAACUAUGGCAUGUUCACCAUCCUCACCAGAGACGUCGUCACAGAGGAAGGUGAUAACCCCAUGGCCAUUCGAGUAAGUUGAGAAGAAAGAAUCCUUAUCCGCAGAAUGGAGCAUCGCGUAUUGGCGUUCUUGGACAGGAUCAACAUCAAAGCACGUCCUCAUCCUAUCUCAGUUGAUCCAUAUAAAGUCAUAACCCAACCACCUCCUCCAUCUCAAGACCAAAGAGAAAGCAAAAACACAGGCGAUCAUUGACCAUGUCAGGUCUCUAAAGGCUGAAAAGUGAAGAUAACAUAGACUAAAACCGUAGAGAC